ACGCCGCGCGGAUGAGAGAGUAACCCCGUGUGUGGUCAGACGGCACGACCGGCACCGUGUCGCUUAACGAGAAUAUAGAUACGAAAGAAUUAACCAAUGAAAAGGAGGAUCAAAUUAAUUAUUUGGCAAUUAAUAGUUACAGUGAAAUGUGAACGGAAGCGUUGAGGACAGUGUCCAUGAUUUAUUGUGAUUUUCAUUGUCAGCCAGAGGGGUUUCAUUGUUCUACAAGACUCUAGGGGAGAUUUCUCCAUCGUGCAUCGAUACUCAUACAUAUCACAUAGGGAUUAGGUAUUAGGUAUUCAAGUGCCAGUUUAUGGAGUAAUUAUUGAAUUAUCACCAUUGUUGGAGAUUUUUCGAGAGUCGCGACUUUUUUUUAUUAUUCCAUUGUGGAGAUAUUGGAAAUGACGGAGUGCAGGAUUCGGUGAAUUAUAUUCACCUUUAUCCCCUUGGUGUUUUAACCAUUUUUUAGUGUUUUUUUUUUUGAAAGAAGAGGGGGGAGUAGUCGUCUAAAUGGAUUUGAGUUAUUCUCUUACUUUGGAUGCUAUGGAAGGCUCGACGACGCAAACUAUCGACCCUAUUGCGUUUCGUACGAUUGCCAGACAACAAAUGUUGACUCGCCGAUUAGCGAGAUGUAGAAAGAAACGUUUGGACGUUGUUGACAAGCAAAAAUGAAGCUGCCAGAGCUACCGAAUAGGGAGAAGAGGCUGGAGCUCUUCGGCAAAUUCAUAAGAACGAAGAAAAUAGAACACCUCCAGGGGGAACAGGCACGGCAUGGACCUGAGCCAGUGCAUCCCACAGACUCGAAACAAAAAUUACAGAAGUGCCUGACAACCCUAGACCUAACGUCACUAGGUGUUGGGUCAUGCGUUGGUACAGGCAUGUACCUAGUCGCUGGAAUGGUGGCACGAAGUGUAGCCGGACCAGGCGUCAUCAUCUCGUUCAUUAUCGCAGCAAUGGCAUCAAUUUUCUCUGGUGCGUGUUACGCUGAAUUUGGUGUUAGAGUGCCACACACAACGGGCAGUGCGUAUAUGUACAGUUACGUGACUGUUGGUGAGUUAAUAGCAUUCAUAAUUGGAUGGAACAUGGUGCUUGAGUACCUCAUCGGUACCAGUGCGUGUGCCUGCGCCCUUAGCGCUUGUCUGGACGCCCUUGCGAAUGGGGCGGUUUCCGGUGCGAUAAGCAACAGCGUUGGAACAUUUUUUGGUCGACCACCGGAUUUCCUCGCUUUCGUAAUAACCCUCCUCAUGAUGUUGCUAAUGGCAGCGGGUGUGAAGAAAUCACUCAUCUUCAACAAUGUCCUAAACGCCAUAAACUUAUCAGUGUGGGUAUUUAUUAUGACUGCCGGGUUAUUCUACGUCGACUCAACCAAUUGGUCAGAGCACAAGGGAUUUCUACCCUUCGGUUGGAGCGGGGUGUUUACGGGUGCAGCAACUUGUUUCUAUGCAUUCAUUGGAUUUGACAUAAUAGCAACGACCGGUGAAGAAGCGACAAAUCCAAAGAAGAGUAUUCCACUAGCAAUUAUCUCUUCUCUUGCUAUUAUUCUCAUUGCCUAUGUGUCAAGCAGCAUGAUGUUGACGCUAAUUGUUCCUUAUGAUGAAGUUGACCAAGACUCAGCCCUCGUAGAGAUGUUUGGUCAGGUAGGAGCCUACAAAUGUAAAUACAUCGUGGCAGUGGGGGCACUAGCUGGAUUGUCAGUAUCAAUGUUUGGCAGCAUGUUUCCCAUGCCUAGGAUAGUUUACGCAAUGGCACAGGAUGGCCUCAUAUUUCGCAUGUUCAGCCAAAUUUGGCCAACCACUGGAACACCAGCACUGGCUACUCUCACAUCCGGAUUAGCUGCUGCGUUGGCGGCACUUCUCAUUAAAUUGGAAGUCCUAGUGGAAAUGAUGUCUAUUGGUACUCUGCUGGCCUACACCCUCGUAUCAACGUGUGUUUUAAUUCUACGUUAUCAACCCCACUCGACCAAUCUCAUUGAACUUCUGCCCCAGAGUCUACGUACACCAUGCAGGUCACCGACUAAAGAGACUCAAGGCAAUGGUCAAGCUCCUUAUGGCAAAGAAUUGAGACCAGAUCAGCUUACUAUUGCCCUUAACACUGUUCAAACGACACAAACUGAAAUAACCACUAACAGUAAUGGACAGCGUGUUACCGUACGACGUGUGAGACGAGCCAACAGUUCAUCACCCGACUCGGAUGACACUUACGGUGGUGAAGAGGACGAUGUGGGCUUAGGAAAAGACGAUCAGUAUUUAGUCAGUGAUAGAACGGAGAAUAAAUUUUAUGGGAGUGUUCACGCAGCAGCAGCCUCAUCAACGUGCGGUAGUGCCCAUCAGUAUCCUGGUACGACGCCAAUUAUCGGUCCACCACUCAAUUAUCUUCAGCGACGACUUCAGGCAGCGCAGUAUCUCUGUCCUGCAAUUUUUCCUUGGGUAGACAGAGGACCAGCGACCGAGGCGUCUGGUCGUUAUGUCAUGAAGAUGGUGGGAAUAUUGUAUCUGCUCAUUCUAAUCUUCGAUUUCAUCAUCGUUUGUGGCAUGGGCGGCAUGGGAACAUUCAUGACCAUUGUCAUGUUUUUAUUUUUAUUCGCUAUUAUUGGAGUUCUUCUUGCCAUAAGCAGAAAACCGCAAAAUAGAAAUACCAUUAUGUUUAUGACGCCGGGACUUCCCUUCGUGCCCGCGAUAGCAGUUACUGUUAACGUUUAUCUCAUAUUUAAUUUGAGCAUAUUGACACUGGUCAGAUUCACAAUAUGGAUGAUACUUGGUUUCAUAAUGUAUUUCUACUAUGGUAUAAAGAAUAGCAGUCUGGAGAGUGAAUCCGAAGAUGGUCCAGUAGAUUCCAGUAAUGCCGGUAAUAUAGAGUUAAAAAUUACCGAGCAUGCAGCAGGUGCCUCACCAUCCCACCAUUAUGCCAAUCAGGAUCGUAGUAUCUACGAGGGUCAGCAGUUGGAUGCAUUUGGCCAGCCUGUAUUUGGCAACACCAAUUUCGAUAGUGUUGGAUCAGUCCACGGAAGUACAACAGUCCAAACGCAUACAACAAAUACCAAAACAAAUCCACUCUUUGUUGCCCAGGAUAAUUUUCCAUCCUGGGAUGAUUGAGUGCACUCAGUUAUGAGGGCUGUACACGAAUGAGAGUGCGAAAUUUUGUGGAGAUGAAUGAGAAUGAAAAAUGAUUGAAAUAUUAAGUAAGAGAGAAGGCAGGCAUGUACCUAGCGCACGCAGCACGCACGCACGUACAUAAAACGCACGUCAGGAAAAAAGAAAAUGAAAAAUGCUAUACAAAAGAUAUAUAAAUGACCGAGGGCAAAUGUUUAUUGAUUCUAGAGGAUGAUACUACGAUAACGAAGAUUAAUUAGAAAAAUAUACUUUUGAUUGAUUUAGGAUAUCAAGUGCAUAUCUACGCAAUUCAUUAAUUCAUCCGGCGACUUCCAUCCAUCAAACAAAGUUUAGGGAAACAGAAAUGUUGAAGAAAAUGAUACCUUAUUAUUGAAAAUGAAUCAAUAUAUUGAUUGCCAAUUUCCUUGCAUUGUAAGUUUUGUCAGAGCCGAUGUAGUUAUUGCUGAUUAUUAUAUAUGAUGAAUGACAACAAAAUAUAUAUAUUUUAUUCUCUCAUCUGUCAUUGAUCGAAUACUGAUGGCGAGUAUUCAACUGUGUGUUGAAGAAUGCGUGAUAUCUGGAGUUAAACAAGUUAGAGAGGGAUCCCCAAUGUUGGAAGAAUUUUAAUAAAUCUCGUUCUGCCUAAGUCUAGUCUUGCCCUAGUGGAUUCCCUCUAUUUAUAUUAAAAAGACAUUAUAAUCUCAUUGUUAAUCAUCUGUAAUCUUUGCCAAUAUCUUGACUUCGAAUUUCAAUAAUGAUAAUGAAUAUUCGAUGUCUCUUUAAGAACUCAAGAAAUUUUCAACAAAAGUGAGAGAAUUCGUGUGGAUAAAUUUUUUCUACAUGCAAAACACCAUUAAUAUUUACUUUACUCAUGAAACAUUGAAAUAUCUUCCUUGCGGUGAAACCCAUACACCAAAUUAUAUAAUUUUCAUAUUUUCAAUCUCUGUGAAAAUUCUCCGCAUUCUUAUGCUUAUAACCGCAUAAAAUAAUAACGAGUUUAAUCAUUAUAAAUUACCUGUUUAUAACUGGAAGAUAUUAAAAAAUGAGAGAAAAAGAAAAUGAUAUCUAGAUAUAAAUACUGUCGGCAGGUACGAUAGUAUACCUACAUUUGCCAUUUGACUUAUCCCUCAGUUGCUUGAAUCUGCCAGGAAUGACGCUCGGUAUGUGCGUAUAUACCAAUAAUCCCAUAAACAUAAACGUAUUCAUCUAAAAUCAAUAGUGGUAUAACGAUAUUACGAUAUAUUGCAAUCGUUGACGAUUUGCACAGUCAAAAACAAAUAAAUAGUGAAUGACACCACUGUAUGUCGUAUAUAAUAGAUAAAUCUUUACUCCAAAUAUUGACGAGCCCUGAUACAAAUUGUGAAGAAUAUAAAUUGAAAUAUUGUUCAAUCAAUUCUAAUCAUCAUUGGUCAGUGAAUCACGAACGAAUGAUCAACAUUUAGAGAGAAGAAACAUGAAACAAAACUAUUAUUCUGUGAAAGAACAGUGCCUGCACCCCAGACGCUAGUUGAGCAUUAGAUACUAUCGUUCGUCAAAUGAAAUUUAUGGAAAUUGAGUGCAAUGAUGAAAAAACAAAAUGGAUUGUUUUAUGAUUAAUCAAUAAUUAUAGUUAAUUUCCAAAAUGAGAGCGAUCGAUGAAUUAUCCAUUGGCUAAAUUAUGAAUUAAGAGACGUAGAAGAGAAGGAAAUUGCAUUUGAGAAAUAAAAAAUGUUGCUUUUUUAGUUAGACUUUCAAAUUUUUAGAUAGGAGGACAAGGGCCUAUUUAACGUAUUACGCGAGUACACCGAGUGUUUUUGGCUGACUGAAUGGAGAAUGAUUGGAUAAAGCGGAAAAUAUUAAUCAAUGGGGGAAAAAUAAAGAGCCUCCAUAAGUUGCUAUUUUCCAUCCACAUUCUUGGAGGAAUGGUAUGCGUGCGUGUGUGCUUCCCUAUCCAACUGUAAACUCGCAAAAAAUUAGAAUCUUUUGUCAUGAUUAUGACAAUGAGUAAAUCAUAGAAAUAUGAAAAUUUUAAUGGCAUAACAAUUUCCACGAAUUACGAAAUGACAACCAUUUUCCAGUCAUUGUACGAUUCUCUAAACUUUGGAUCUCAGACACACGCAAUUGUGUGCCAGUUAUUAUCGUUACUAUAUGUAUAGUCUGACGUAUGGCGUACCACAAGAAAUGAAGAAUAAAUAAAUGACGAAGAGGAUUAAAAUUUGACAAAGGCAACCAGAUAUUUAACAUUAAUUGGAUGACGUCGAUUUUCACAGAUUUAAGUUUGUUGUUGCUCCCGUACAUCACAUCUUUAUUUCACAUUCAUUUGUCUUGUGUUUAAUUUAAUUUAUCAUUAGGGGGAGCUCAGCUCGGAAUGGUCCAAUUUUUUGGUAUGAAUACGAUGAAAAAAAAAACAAUGAGAAUGAUUGGAAUUACUGAAUUUUCCAUGUAAAAUAUAUACCCCUCCGU